AUGUUCAACGAGGACCCGAACCCUCCACGGUUGAUCGGAAACUUCCCUCUCCUCCCGCUGCGCACCAAGACCAGGGGCCCGGCCUACACGCUGCCGCCGCCCUCGGAGCCGCUCGCCGCCUCCGAGUCGCCAGACCCGGACUCAGACUCGUAUGACAUCUUGGACGAGGUCCUGUCGCUGUUCCGCGCCAAUACCUUCUUCCGCAACUUUGAGAUUCAGGGACCCGCCGAUCGCCUACUCAUCUAUGGUAUCCUCUACACCAGCGAGGUCCUCAGCAAGAUCCGACCCAGCCAUGGCGUUCGUGAGGCCCAGAAGGAGGUUAUGAACACGGCACUAGAUCUCAACUUUUCUAUCCCUGGCGACCCGGGCUUCCCUUUGAAUCAGAUGUACGAGCCGCCACGAGACAGACAGGAUGCUGAGCAGUUGCGGCAAUAUCUCUCUCAAGUACGACAGGAGUUGGCAAGCAGGUUAUUGGCAAGAGUAUACGAAGAAGGUGGUGAUGGCAAGCCGAGCAAGUGGUGGCUGAGUUUCACAAAGAGAAAGUUCAUGGGCAAGAGCUUGUAG